ACUGCCUAAACCUGAGUCAGACCACAUCCCUCACUUUGACUUAUAACUGUCUGAAUCUCCACUCUUCCCUCACAUAAAAAUGGCCAAUCCCCAUCUCAAAAACACCUCCAAAUCAUCACAAAAUUCCAUCUUCAACCUCUAAAGCUUGUAAGAAACAUUCAUACUAUCCAGCUAGGUAGCACGGAAACGGACACAGAAACCUGGACACUUGCACUCACGUACGGCGAAACCGCGUUAUUUUAAGGUUUCCUAUGCUAAAAUUGAAGUUUCGUGUUCGAAACGAGCAUACAACACGUUUCCGAAUCGGGUGUCCGUGCUACCUAGGUACCUAGUUAUCUCAAUAACAUAUAGUAGACAAUGCCACUUCAAAGAUCAUAUCUUUUUCUAUUUUCUUUGCUUAUAUUAUUGCCUGUUGCUGCUCUUGGGUAUGGAUCAUCAGGUUCAGUAGCAGCUGCAUUUGGCCCAAAUGGAUUCUUUUGCGCCAUUGAUGCUGGUGGGAAGCAAGAAAUUAUAUGUUGGGAUAAAGGUGGUAACUUUUCAGUUUCCACUUCAACUUCAUAUUUUAAUUCCCUCCCACCAAUGGCAUCACUCUCCGGCGGCGAAGGCGUUCUUUGCGGCAUUACAUCGAACACUUCUCAAGCAUUCUGUUUUAGCUUGUUAAAUCCAGGUACAAAUCUUGUUCCAGCAAGUUUCAGAUCCAAUUCUUAUGCACAAAUAGCACUUGGUAGAUAUCAUGCUUGUGCUAUUAAAGGAUCUUACUUUUCUAGUGUAGAAUAUGGUAGUGUAGAUUGUUGGGAGUUUAAUCAAACAUUUGAUUCGUUUCGUAAUUCGUACGUUGAUAGUCUUGUUUUUAAGAGGAUUGUUUCUGGUGAUGGAUUUAGUUGUGGUGUAAGUACUAAGGAAGGUAGUGUGAUUUGUUGGGGUCCCAGAUCAGCUAAUUUGGGAGUUCCUGAUAAUUCUGGUUAUUUUGAGAUUUUAGCUUCGAGUAGGAACUCGGUUUGUGGGAUUAGAAAUGCAUCUAGAGAAGUAGAAUGCUGGGGUGAUUCUAAUGAGUUUGGUGCUCCACUCUUGAGAACUAGAUUUGUGGAUCUAACAGCAGGAUCCCGUCAUUUCUGCGGAAUCCGCGAAGAUAAUCAUGAAGUUCAUUGUUGGGGAAAUGUUGAUCUUUCGUCAGUUCCGAAAGGUUCUGGUUUUAUGACUAUUGCUUCAUCAGAUUUCACUACUUGUGGUGUUAGAGAAGUUGAUUUAGUUCUUGAUUGUUGGAGUGUUCAAAGGAAGUCGAUUCCGGAUUAUAGCCCUCCUCUGCAGUUAUGUAAUCCCGGAGUCUGUUCACUAGGCUCGUGUCCUAAUGGUAAAUUUGCAUUCAACGCGAGUUUGCUGAAUGAACCGGAGUUGACUAACUUAUGUGUACGGAAAGAGCUGAAGAUUUGCUUGCCUUGCGGAACGAAUUGCUCGCGAGGCUACUUCUCUUCGAGUAUGUGUAGUGAGAAUGCAGAUAGAUUAUGUACUGCCUGUUCACUUUGUCAAAAUAGUUCAUGCUGGGAUGUCUGUGGAAUUCCAUCUCCAUCGGGUUUUAAUACGGACCAGCAAGAAAUAAAGAAAUUAGCAAUUAUCAUUGGCUUGUCUUUGUUAUCCGUAUCGGUCCUUGUUUUAAUUGGUUGGUGUCUUUUCCCCCGGAAAGCCAAAGAUCAAGGAAACAAAAAACAAAGGUGUAGUUUUUGUCUAGCGAAGCCUGUAGUGGAGGCUGACCCGGACCUAAAUCCACCACCUCCUCUCUCCGUAACCACUUGUAUCGGAGAGACUCAAGUAUUCCGGCUUUCAGAACUGAAAGACGCGACACACGGAUUCAAGGAGUUCAAUGAGCUCGGAAGAGGAAGCUUUGGUUUCGUUUACAAAGCUAUUCUUACUGAUGGUAGACAAGUUGCAGUUAAAAGAGCUAAUGCUGCAACUAUUAUACACACUAACACUCGUGAAUUCGAAGCAGAGCUUGAAAUUCUAUGCAGUAUAAGACAUAACAAUAUUGUGAACUUAUUGGGUUAUUGUGCUGAAAUGGGAGAAAGGUUGCUAGUUUACGAGCUCAUGCAUCACGGAACGCUUCACGAUCAUCUUCGUGGUGAACUCUCGCCUCUUGAUUGGAACCUGCGGUUGAAAAUCUCUUUGCAGGCCGCGAGAGGACUAGAGUACCUUCAUAACGAAGUCAUGCCUCCAAUUGUUCACCGCAAUGUGAAAACUUCGAACAUUCUGCUAGAUUCUGAUUGGGGAGCGAGAAUUUCCGAUUUUGGACUUUUGAGCAGUAGCGACAAGGAUGUAAACGGAGAUAUAUUGAGCGAUGUCUACGAUUUUGGUGUCGUUCUGCUUGAAAUAUUAAGUGGAAGAAAAGCUUACGAUAGGGACUAUAAUCCUCCAGGCAUUGUCGAAUGGGCACUUCCAUUUAUAAGAAUGGGAAGAGCUGCUGCCAUUAUUGAUAGGAAUGUGGCUCUACCAAGAAAUGUUGAGCCACUUCUUAAGCUUGCAGAUGUAGCAGAGGUUGCUCUGAGAGAAAAUCCGAGCGAACGAACCGACAUGUCGAAUAUAGCAAAUAUGCUAGAUCAGAUUGUCAAAAUUGGAUUGGUAUUAUAAUUACACAAGAUCAAGAAUAAGAAUUAUUUCAUCAUUUGAUUGAUUGUCUACUGUACAACAUAUUGUAGGAGAUUGGUUUAGUAAAUUUCAUAAUUUAGUCUUUUUUGCAAA